AUGGAAACAGGAGAGAAGCAAGGAGAAGGCGGCAUGGCCAAUGGUGUCAUUGUGGGAGUUAGCACGGAUGCAGACUUCUUGGACCAGGAAGGGGAGAAAAAGGAUGUAGGUUUUUUCAGUGGUUUGAUGCAAAAAUGUGGAGCGUUCAAAAUCUUUGAUACCUGGUUUGCGGAGAAGAUUGAUAGGGUGGAAAAGGAAAUGCAAAGAUUCGAGCAAAGUCAAAAAAUGUGGGCUGCUAUGUGGCUUUCCUGGUUGGUGGGGUUGCCAUGA